GUCAGCCCAUGGAGUUAAAAAUAGUUACACGUAAUGAGGAUGUUUAUGAAUGAAGUGUUAAAGAUGCCAUCGUCAGGUAGUUGUAGAACCAUUGAUAUGGAUUAGCAAUUUAACGCCGUGCAGAUUUACGAGUGAUGGAACAUGACUUCUAUGGGUUGCAAAUACGCCAACGCGGACAUGUUUUCAUUCGGCGAGGAUGACAAACGAGUGUUCCGAAUCGAAUCAAUAAUUAAAGAAGAAGGUGCAUAUGUAUUGCGGCAUUGCCUUGCCAACCAACUAGGCGAUCAGGCGCUGACACUAGUCCUCAGUAAGCCAUCAAUCAGUGCGAAAAUAGGCAGCGCACAGAAAAGAAAAUUUAUAAACAAAACACAGUACGAUUGACUGUAUCCGAGUGGAGGCCCAGUUGACGUCAGCACCUUUGAUGUAACAUUACUGGCGUUUUUGUUGAGGGAAUUACACCCAACGAUGAACAGCUCAAGUAUGGAUUGGAUUAAUCCAAAUCCUGGCGAUUUUUCCGAAGAAGCGGAUGUCACUAGGUUGAGAAUGUUUCGAAACAAAUUUGUUCACGAAGGGUCUUCCAAACUUUCAGAAAAAGAAUUUAGCGCUAUGUAUGUAGAGUUACGUGAUGUUAUCAGUCGUUUGGCCCGAAGUAGUGGAUGCAUAGACUUUUCCGCCAUGGUUGAUCGUCUUGAACAAAAGAAGGUCGGCUAUUUCGAAUAUUUCGAAAAGAAACCCGCGGUCAACGAUCAGGCCACAAGCGUUUCAAGUAGCUUGGAAGAAACCAUUGUUGACAAACCAGAGUUUCAUGUUAACAAUGUCAGUGCUAAUGAAGAUGGCCUUGAGGGCAAGUGUCGUUACCAUAAAGUGGAGGUCAUAGACCCAGCCGGUUCUUUGGUGUCCUUUCAAGGCUCAGACUCAACAAUUUACGAAACCCCAACUAUUGGUGACACUUUAUUGACGCCGCACACAAAAGAUGUCGGUACAAGCACGUGCAAUUUACAACCGAAGCGAAAAUUAUCAAAAAAGCUUAGUGACGCUAUUAGGCCCUUUAUCCGCCCACCACUUAAAAAUACGGAAAACGAUCUCUCGAAAAGCAGCGUUCCUUUACCAAUUCGAAUCAAAAGAAAAACAAAAGUUCGUCAAAAUUUGCCAAAUUGGUUAUGUCUUACAUCGAAGUCUAGAUUUCGUGAACAUUCCUCUGUCGUGCUGCCCUGCCAUUCCGAUCGAAGCCCUUUAAGAUGUCAAAUAACAGGAAUGGUCUGUAAUGAAAAUGGACAACUCAUAAUCACCGAUUGUGUUCAUAAUUCCAUGCAAGUCUUUGAUGCUGCCGGCAUGUUUCUGGAUGAAAACGAAUGUCCGCAGCCUUCCGGUGUAUGCCUGGUUUUUCCGGAUUUGGUUGCUGUUAACCUAAGGAUUGGCUCGUGCGUACAACUGUUAAGAUAUGAUCUCUUACAACAAAGGUUUCACUGUGUUGAACGUAUACAAUUGAAAUGCGACCUUAAACAUUAUGAUAUGAAAUGUGACAAUAGCUACAUUUACAUACUGUGCGAAAAUGGAUCGCUCCAUCGCAUUCAUAAAAUUAGAAAACCCGAAUGUGGUUUAAUCCGGCCAAGUGGCAUAACUGAGAAAGUGAAUAGCUUCGACUUGUGUAAACAUUUCUUUUAUUUGUCCACGAAUGAUGCCAUCUACUGUAUAGACGAUGUAGGCUCUCGUAUCUGGACUUACUCUCCGUCACGUAGCUCUGGAGAAACACGAAAGAGGCGGUCUUUUGAAGGUCUUACCGUCACCAACAAUUGCCUGUACGUAGCGAAGUGGGCUAGGAACUCUAUUCUUAAAAUGUCGCUUCGAGGUGAUUUCCUGGCGGAAGUAGAGUUACCCACCGUAGCAUGUCCCUUUAAGUUGACUUCCGCCGGACGUAGACUCUUGAUAUCCCAGUAUUCUACCGAUCUGAAACGCGAAGCUUGCGGGACCAUUGUUCAGCUGAAACAUCGAAGGUUCUCAACAAACAGAUAAAUUGGACCUGUAGAACCUUAAAGGCAUACAUGGUUGUAACAGAUAACUAUGUCGAAAUAUUGAUCGACCUAUUAUUGUAAAUACUCAAUUGCUCUUUUGUUUUGAAUGAGUUUGUCAUAAUGACCGACUGUGCCUCGUGUUAAUUACACUGUUUGAGUGAGUAUGCGUUUAAUCAUAUUAAAAAAAAUAUAAACGCAAGCAUGUUGAAUCGUUGAACUUGUGUUGUAUUUGUAUUAUACAUUUUGACACAGCUCAUUAUUCAUAGUGAAAUAUAUUUAAUAAAGAAACUUUCAAAAUACACUCCAGAAUACAAUUUGCCAAAGUAUUUUUUAAACCUGUAAUAAUAUAAUGCAACGCAAUGUGUACGUUUACAAAUUUCAAGUUGGGUGAGCGGUUUAUAAGAUUUGAAUUUACAGGUAUGGUUAUUAACCUGAUAUCACCCGAAAACUUCUUGGUUUAAAACUAUAUUGAUACACUUGCAUAUUGUUUAAACGGUUAUCAAUUGUUAUAAGAAAAUCCCAUAACGACGGCUCUAAAGUAUUCAACACCAAUAAUAGAACUGCGUCCGAUUUAGUUCGAUUUAAUUAAUAUAUAUUUAUUUUUUGUAACUAAUGAGUUUUAGUUCUUUCAUUAAAUAUCUAUAUAAAGUAAAAGUGUUAACUUCAUUGUAUAUUUGUUUGUAAAUAAUUUAAAAUUCGGUUAUUCGAUAGUUUCACCGACAACCUCCGUGAGCGGAAUUACAUUCGUUUUGCUUAAUACCAAGCAGAACGAGUAGACAUUUCGAAAUAUUUAAUCAGAAAAAAAUUGAAUUUGUUUGUACCCUUAUGCUAUAGAAAUAAGUUUAUUAUCAUUUCAAAAUAAGUAUUUCUCUUAGUUUUAUUUAAUGGUUAAUCACUUUUACUCCGUUCAAAGUUGGUGUAUUUAUUUAUGUGGCGUGAUUAACUCCGUCUCUAUGUAACUAUUAAACCGAUGCAAGUUUUUACUUAAAUAUUUGAGAAGGGAAUGGCUGCAGGUUUUUGUUCAACUGUUCGAGAGACAGAAAAACAUAUAAUUUAAACUCUAGCUUAACGCACACUGGGUGUUCAUAUAUAUAAGUUCGGAAAAGAAGAAUUUACAUAUAUGCAGAAUAAGGUAAGUGUUACUAUACGUGCUUUUGUCUCAUGUACCAGUGCUAAUGCGCUUAUGUCCCUUGUCUUGAAUGUGCUCAUUUACAUCUCUUGUGAGAGUCAGUCCCUUACCCUGUGUGCUUCCAGCCUUGUACUGUGAUGCCAUACAUGUUUUGUUCAGUCAGAAUGAGAGAUAUCAAAUAAACAAGAUUAAUAUGGGUCAAUAUUUAAAACCCAGUGAAAGUGCAAAUUGCUGACCAUGCUUUCCUUUGCUCUAAUGCGGUCGAAAGACAUACUUCAUUUUGUUUAAGUCAACUUUUACUACUUCUUUUUCUUGUACGAACCUGGUGAGUUUUAAAUUAUAAUUAUGUAUUUGCGUUUAUUUAUUUGUCUGCAUCGCAAAUGAAUUUAAUUAUUUUUAAACUAAUUUCGUUUAAAUUUGUGAAACUACGAAGAUUGCUUAUAUAACGUAUAAAAUACGCAUCUUAUGUAUGCUUGGCAGGAUAGCUCAGUUGGAUAAUGCGUUUUUACUUCAGAAUUCCGAGGGUCACUGGUUCGAGCCCUGCUGCGGGCUACUUUUUUUCCUUUUUUAAAUUUUAUUUUUGAUUUUUUACUGGAGCUUUAAAAAUUUUAUGUUUUCAUUGAUCAAUAUAAAGCAUUUAAUGACAAACUUCAAAACAUGCCAUAAUCUGUGAAAAGGCCCCUUUAAUAUUAUUAUAUUAUUACUUAUUAUAUUAUAUACCGGCUUUUAUAUGAUGUAUACAAUUGAGUGUAAGCCAUUUAUUUACUAAUAUAAUUUUCGACGUUUGAAAUGUAUUGAAUGCGACGAAAAUUAGUUUCCCUUCAGUAGGAAUUUGCCGCUAGAGGCGCUGUAGAAGCCCGAGGAUAUUCGCGCAUGGUUGAACAGUGGUCUGUUUUUGUCAUUCAGCCUUGGGAACUCGCACGGUGUACACGUUAUUCUUGAUAGUAAUUUGUUAAUAUUUCUUAUUAUGGAAAUUAUAUAUGGAAUUGAAUAAUUGAUAUAUGUAUUGAACUAAAUUUACAUUGAAUGUCACUGUAUGAUGACUGAAGAAUGAUUGUAGUAUGUGAUGUAUGUUUGACGGUUUGAUGAUGAUUGUUAUGUUAGGUAAA